GUAGGAUCCGCCGCACGUCACAGUCACCCAAUUCUGGGCCGAUGGCGCCGGCGCAGCGCUGCGCUCUGUGUCGCCAGACCUUUUUCUGUGGUCGCGGCCACGUCUACAGCCGCAAGCACCAGCGCGAGCUGAAGGUGGCUUUGGAUCGGCUCUUACCGCAGGUGGAGGCCGCCCGCAAGGCCAUCCGCACAGCUCAGGUCGAGCGUUACGUGCCCGAGCACGAUCGGUGCUGCUGGUGCCUGUGCUGCCGCUGUGAGGUGCGGAAGCACCUAAGUCACGGAAACCUGACAGUGCUGCACGGGGGGCUGCUGGAGCACCUGGCCAGCCCAGAGCACAAGAAAGCAACAAAUCGAUUCUGGUGGGAAAACAAGGCUGAGGUUCAUAUGAAAGAGAAGUUUCUCGUCUCCCCUCAAGAUUAUGCACAAUUCAAGAAAUCCAUGGUGAAAGGUUUGGAUUCUUAUGAGGAAAAAGAGGAUGAAGUGAUCAAAGAGAUGGCAGCUCAGAUCCGUGAAGUGGAGCACAGCCGGCAGGAGGUGGUUCGGUCCAUCUUAGAGCCUCAGGCAGUACCAGACCCAGAAGAGAGCUCUUCAGCACCUGGAAACUGGAAAGGGACAAACAGCCAAGUACCCUCCACCUCACAGAGACCCUCAUACUUGGAACUGCCACUAACCCAAGGGCUUGACUGGAUGGAGACAGGACAACCUCUGACAUUCAUUGGCCAUCAGGACACACCAGGAGUUGGUAACAUCCACUCAGGCGCCACACCUCCCUGGAUGGUCCAAGAUGAGGAAUACAGCUCUGGGAAUCAACAAAUAGGACCUUCCUAUGAAGAAUUUCUCAAAGAAAAGGAAAAACAGAAAUUGAAAAAACUCCCCCCAGACAGAGUUGGGGCCAACUUUGAUCACAGCUCCAGCACCAGUGCAGGGUGGCUGCCCUCUUUUGGCCGGGUCUGGAAUAAUGGACGCCGCUGGCAAUCCAGGCAUCAAUUCAAAACUGAAGAUGUAGCAAGGAACAAACAGCAGUCACAGGAAGGAAGAAAAUGAAUGGUUUCCUGAUACUUUUGCAACAACCAUAAGGCUCAAUCAAAGCCAAGUGUGCAAACCCACACCAUAUAUUCUCCUUUGUUAACUGCCUCUUAGAAAACACACAUACCCACUUACUAAUUUAA